ACUCGCUUUCUCAGCAACACGGUCUGAAAGUUGCACGUGCGUUAGCGUUUAUUCCUGAUUGUGAAGAAAAUCGCAGCGAUGGUUAAAAGAGCAAGUAAACGGAACACGUUCAAUUACAAUGUGAGCAGAAAGAAAUUAAAAAAGAAUAUGAUAAAAAAACAAAGGCCGAGGAUUGAAUGCGAUCAGAUCCGGAAAGCUUGGAAUCCCCACAAAACAGCCAAGCAGAACAUGCGGGACAUGGGCCUGGCGUUCGGGAGCAGACGAGUUUCUCCUACCACGAGCAAGGCAGGUGACGAACCCGUGGCUCGAGUCCUCAAACCCUAUGUUGUCAGAGAAAUGGAAGAAGAGGCCAAUCUGCCGAGGAAGGACACCACGACCUGCUCGACCGAUCUCAUCGAAUUCGUUCAGCACAUGAUCCGUGAACACGGCGAAGACUACAAGGCCAUGGCGAGGGACGAGAAGAACUACUAUCAAGACACACCUAAACAAAUCAAGAGGAAAGUGGACUUGUAUAAGCGUUGUCAUGCCGAUGAGCACGCCACGUUCCUCGCCUCAUUACAGGCCCAGACCUCAUUGUGAACAAAUCUCUUGCAUCCAGAUGGAAAUUAGAAACGGCCUGCAGACGGACGACGGCUUCAUGCCGGAGCUUUGUUGUGCAUUGUGGUGUAUAUAAUGUAAAAACUACAUUUUUUUUUUUUUUUUUUUUGGGGAGUGAUCCUGUUCUG